AUGGCCACUGAACUGGUCACCAAGACGAAGACGCGGCGGCUUACGCGCCAUGCCCUUCCAUGCGUCCUCAUGCGUGCAGGCACGUCGAAAGGAUUAUUCAUACAUCGAGAUGAUCUUCCAGCAAGAGAAGCUGACUGGGCUCCUCACCUAGUCUCUGCUCUCGGGUCUCGAGGGAACGACCCCCGGCAGAUAGACGGGAUUGGCGGAGGCAGUUCAACGACAUCUAAAGUUGCUGUUGUUCGUCGCUCGCAGAGAUCAGACGCUGAUGUUGAUUGGACUUUUGUUCAAGUUGCUGUGGGCAAAGAGUCAAUAGAUCUCACUGGUACUUGCGGGAACAUGACCGCAGGAGUGGCACCAUUUGCCCUCCAGGAAGGUCUUGUAAAACCCCUGCAAGGGCAGACCAAGAUGGAUGUCAGAAUCUACAACACCAAUACAGAUCGAAUAGUGAUAGAGACUGUCGCACUAGACGGUACGGGAGACUACGAGGAAGAUGGGAACUUCAUAAUUCCCGGUGUAAACACACCAGGAAGCGAAGUCAAGUGUAAAUUCGUCAAGCCCGUUGGCAGUAUGACCGGACAACUGUUCCCUUCCAAAGGCCAACAACAGCAAAUACUCCGCGUACAGCCAGGCUCACUCAUGCCCAAUGAAGAGCCCUUUGAUGUUCGCGUGACGCUCAUAGACUCUGCCAAUCCCUUUGUCCUCAUCGACACAACUUCCAUACAAACGGCACUCCUCGCAACGAUCCCAUCUGAUUCUGCCCGGAGUGCACUUGUAGAGUCUAUCCGUCGCAUGGGCGCAGUGGCUAUGGGAUUAGCAACAGACGUCGAGACCGCCGGUAGAACUCGCGGUACGCCCAAGGCUGCACUCGUGUACCCUCCAUCCUUCACUCAGGAUUCCGACAGAGCAGACAUUCGGGUGCAGGCAUACUCAAUGGGACUGCCGCACCCCAGUCUACAGCUCACGGGGGCAGUGACUGUUGCCGUCGCACUAAGUUAUUCUAACACAGUCGUUGCGGCACUCUCCACCAUGGCAUCGGUGACCGGAAUCUCCCCACCGACCCCCGAGCAGUCGCCGCCUCCAGAGGACAGAAAGCAGCUUGGACUAGAACGUGAAGUAUCGAUCGAACAUAGUAAGGGGAGUAUCAAAGUGGAUAUCAUAAUGGAGGAGCAUGGAGGCGUGGCUAGCUGUGCGGUCUCACGGACUGCGAGACGAUUGUUUGAGGGGAAGGUCAGGUAUUACGUGCAGGAGGAUAGAGAUAGCUACUAG